AUGAACCACUUUCAAAUAUGGAAGCAAACUGCUUCUCGAAAGCAGCACUUACGGAACGAACUCCUGAAACCCUACAUGGUCUUCGAUGUGGAUCAACGGCUACCUCAGGUCCACAAUGUCCAGGAACGUUCCCGCAUCCAAAGUGAUCCAGAAGUUCAAGAAAUCACUGAUAUCGACAAUAUCCCUGUUCUGGUCGACCAAUUAAGAACAGGCAGAUUUACUGCUGAGGCUGUUAUCCUCGCUUACGUUAGAAGGGCUGCAAUAGCACAGCAAUUGACAAACUGUAUUACAGAGGUGGUCUUUGAAGAUGCUUUGGCCCAGGCUCGAGCAUUGGAUCGUGUUUUUCGGGAAACUGGGCAUCUCAAAGGACCACUCCAUGGUGUCCCUAUCACUUUGAAGGACCAAUUCAACAUCAGAGGCGUCGAUACUACCUUGGGAUAUGUCGGGCGUUCGUUUGCUCCUGCUACGGAAGAUGCAGCUCUAGUGCAGAUGCUGAGGGAUAUGGGAGCAAUCAUUCUAGCGAAGACCAAUUUGCCUCAAAGUAUUAUGUGGGCUGAAACCGAAAAUCCUCUUUGGGGUCUGACGGUUAACCCGCGUGAUCCUAGGUUGACUCCAGGAGGCUCGACGGGGGGUGAAGCGGCUCUCUUAGCAUUACAUGGCUCCCUCCUGGGAUUUGGAACAGAUAUCGGCGGCAGUAUCCGGAUUCCGCAAAGUAUUGUGGGCUUAUACGGUUUCAAACCCACGAGCAGCAGAUUCCCGUAUCUAGGGGUUCCUGUCUCCACUGAAGGACAAGAGCACGUCCCCUCUUCCAUCGGUCCAAUGGCUCGCGACUUAGCGUCUAUCACUUAUGUGAGUCGGUCUGUUGCCAACGCUAAGCCGUGGGAGUUGGACCCAAAGUGCACCCCCCUUCCGUGGAAUGAGGAUGCAUUUCAGGAGAUACAAAAUCGGCCCAUAGUUGUCGGUUUGAUUCUAGAUGAUGGGGUGGUGACGAUCCACCCCCCUAUUGAAAGAGCCCUCCGCGAGUUGUCGGCAAAACUACAAGCAAAGGGCCAUGAAAUUGUCAUCUGGGAUGCUUCAGAUCACUUUGAAUAUAUUCAACUCAUGGAUCGGUAUUAUACUGUUGACGGUGGCGAGGAUAUCCGUCGCGACAUUGCUGUCGCUGGAGAACCAUUUGUUCCUCAUGUUGAGGCACUAGUUAACCGAAGCCAGGCUAUCUCCGUCUACGAGUAUUGGCAGCUCAACAAACAGAAGGUCGCACUACAAAAAAAAUACCUUGAUAAGUGGAAUGCGAUUCGGUCUCCAUCGGGGAAGCCAGUUGACAUUCUCCUAGCUCCCACUACACCGCAUCCAGCUGUUCCACACCGAAGACUGCGGUGGGUUGGAUAUACUAAGAUCUGGAACUUGCUCGACUAUCCAGCUGUCACCUUCCCUGUUGACGAAGUAAGAGUGGCUGUAGAUAACGUGCAAAAGACAUAUCACCCGAGGAAUGAGCUGGACGCAUGGAACUGGGAUCUUUAUGACGUGAAGGCUAUGGAAGGCCAUCCCAUCAACGUCCAAGUCAUCGGAAAGAAACUGAAUGAGGAAAAGGUGUUGGGGGCUGCAACCGUUAUCGAGAGAAUCUGGAGAGAUCUCUAA